UCUCAUACUUCAACUGCCCUCAGUGCGACAACAACAUCGUGUGGUGUGUGGUUUUGAUCGGGGUUUGUCGUGAAUUCGAUGUAAAUCCCUCGAUCCGAGCCCCAUGACAGCGGUAGGGGACGGGGCGCCCGGUCCCGGGCAAGGUGGAGACAACGGUCCUGUCGGCAGCUGUUCGAGUGGCGGCAGUUUGCGGCCUCGAAAUGGGACUGGCGGUGCAGCAGACGGCCCCCAUGAGGUUAAACCUGUUAAAGCUACUUCGGACCGAUUGAACUACUCAGGGAAGACCAUCCUCGCCCCCAUGGUGCGUGUUGGCACCCUCCCGAUGCGUCUGCUGGCUUUGGAGUUUGGCGCUGACAUUGUGUACUCAGAGGAACUCAUCGACUGGAAGUUGUUGCGCUCCUUCAGGAGGGUCAAUGAUGUAUUGGGGACGAUAGACUUUGUUGACGAAACUGAUGGGACUAUUGUGUUCAGGACUUGCGCUCGUGAGCGCAAUAAUGUAGUUCUUCAAAUUGGAACAUCGGACCCAGAGAGAGCUCUCAAAGUAGGCAAAAUAGUAGAAAAUGAUGUGGCUGGUAUAGACAUCAAUAUGGGAUGUCCCAAGGAAUUCUCUGUGAAAGGCGGCAUGGGAGUCGCCCUCAUGGCAGACCUGGAGAAGGCUAAAAGUGUUUUACAUACUCUGGCAAGUGGUGUCAGUUGUCCUGUUACUUGCAAAGUACGAGUGCUUCCUGACGUUGAGGCCACUGUAGAAGUGUGCAAGGCUUUAGCUGAAACUGGUAUUGCGGCUAUUGGUGUCCAUGGUCGAACAAGAGAUGAGAGACCACAGCAUGGCAAUCGCAACCACUACAUUCGAGCUGUUGCAGAAGCCUUAAGCAUACCUGUUAUUGCAAAUGGUGGAUCUAAAGAAAUUUUAUGCUUUGAGGACAUUGAAAAGUUUAGAACUGAUACUGGUUGUUCAAGUGUCAUGGUGGCCAGAGCAGCUGAAUGGAAUGUUUCAAUAUUCAGGAAAGAAGGAUUACUUCCUCUAGAUGAUGUUAUCAAGAAAUAUUUAACUCUUUCUGUAGACUAUGACAACAAUGGUUCAAACUCAAAAUAUUGUGUCCAAAAUAUGCUUCGUGAGCUCCAGGAAACACCUCGAGGCAAAGUUUUUUUGGAGGCUCAAACUCUUGAGCAAAUUUGUGCUGUGUGGGAUUUAGCUGAUUACUGCCGAAAAAGACAACUGGAAUUCAAAGCAGCAGGUUUACUAGGAAGAAGAGAAAUCUGUCCUCAAAUACUGCGGCAAGAAUCAGCUGACAAUGGCACUCCUACUAAAAAAAUUAAACUUCAGGAAACCAAUGAUGGAAUUAUUACAAUGAAAAUUGCCUAUAUCCGUAGCCUUUAUCCCACAGACAAUGAUCUUCCAAAAACACGGUUGUUGGGAUGGGUGCGAACUCAAAGGAUAGGCAUGCCAUCUUACAAAACUAUUCAAGAGGGAAAACUUUUUCAGUCUGUGUUAACUGUGAAUGGUGUCCAGUAUACAUCAUCUAUGUGGGAAAAGAACAAGCGCUGGGCAGAACAGGGUGCAGCUUUGGUUUGCCUUUGCUCAUUGGGCCAAGUGGACUCUGCAACCUUGAAAGCUGAUGGAAGCAUCUUAUGACAUAAUGACAAGGAAUCGACAUCUAAGUGCGUACCUUACUUAUAAAAGAUUUAAAGGGGCUGUGACUUAAUGCAAAAAAUAAUCACUUUACAAAUAUGUUACAUAAUAAAAUACUCACUGAAAACACA